GCAGGUGCCGGGCGAUGGCGCGGCCCGUGAGCGACAGGACUCCGGCCCCCCUGCUGCUGGGCAGCCCGACCGGGGCCCCCCCUGGCGGGGGAGCGCUGCUUGGGCUGCGGAGCCUUCUGCAGGGGACCAGCAAGCCCAAAGAGCCAGCCAGCUGUCUGCUGAAGGAAAAGGAGCGCAAGGCGGCCCCGCCGGCAGCCACGGUCCCCGGGCCGGGCCUGGAGCCAGCGGGACCUGCGGAUGCCUCAGCUGGGGCGGUAGUGGGCGGCGGGUCCCCACGGGGACGCCCUGGGGCUGCGCCCGGCCCGGGUCUGUUGGCGCCGCUACUGUGGGAGCGGACGCUGCCGUUCGGCGACGUGGAGUACGUGGACCUGGACGCCUUCCUGCUGGAGCAUGGGCUCCCUCCCAGCCCGCCGCCCCCCGGCGGCCCGUCGCCAGCGCCCUCCCCCGUGCGCACACCUGCACCCUCCCCAGGGCCCGGCUCCUGCGGCUCGGCUUCCCCUCGCUCCUCGCCCGGGCACGCCCCCGCCCGGGCUGCCCUCGGGGCCGCCGGCGGCCACCGCGCAGGCCUGACCUCUCGGGACACACCCAGCCCUGUGGACCCAGACACGGUGGAGGUGCUGAUGACCUUUGAACCUGACCCAGCUGAUUUAGCCCUGUCAAGUAUUCCCGGCCAUGAGACCUUUGACCCUCGGAGACAUCGCUUCUCAGAGGAGGAACUUAAGCCCCAGCCAAUCAUGAAGAAGGCACGGAAGAUCCAGGUGCCAGAGGAGCAGAAGGAUGAGAAGUAUUGGAGCCGGCGGUACAAGAAUAACGAGGCAGCCAAGCGGUCCCGCGACGCCCGGAGGCUCAAGGAGAACCAGAUAUCGGUGCGGGCGGCCUUCCUGGAGAAGGAGAACGCCCUGCUACGGCAGGAGGUGGUGGCCGUGCGCCAGGAGCUGUCCCACUACCGCGCCGUGCUGUCCCGCUACCAGGCCCAGCACGGAGCCCUGUGAGGCCGCCCCCACCCCAACAGGUGGAGCUCUCCUCCGCCUCACUCAGACUUGCGCCCUGACGCCCUCUUCCCUCCCCGCCCUGUGGCCCACGGGCCGGCCAGCUGGGUGCCCCAGGGAUGUGAUGAUGCAGAUAAAUACAUUUAUAUUUUUAAGAAAAAGUGAGCCUCCCCGCUCCCUCGCGGGGGCGGGGAAGGUCCUCAGUGUGUGCCCCCCGGCACGUCGGGGACCCCAUCCUCCCACCGCCUCCGUUAACACGAUCCUGAAUAAAUCUUGAGAACCCCA